GUCGUAUAGGUGGUCGUAGGCACGAAAAAAGAGACGCUGCUUCUGCUUGAAAAAAAUAUUGUUUGUGAGUGUUUGAGUUUGAGUGGUUUAUUGUUGACAACCUAGGCAGGACCCAAAAAUAACAUGAUGCCACGAAACCCGUGGCCCGAUUACGGCCGACACAAGUCGUUGCAGCUUACCUCAUGGAAGCAACCGAGCUGUUGUUCUAGUACUCCUACCACGCAUUAGGAGGACGCCGCAAUAGCUGCUCCACGGGGUGAUCGAGAUCGUUCACAGAAGGACUAGUAGUUGAGCUGCAAGGCUUAUCAAGUGGAAACAGGGAAAGGGAAACUGAACAAGGAGAAAGCUGAAGCGUACAUCACAACUACCUCCAAAGACAUCCCGAUCUUUGUUGUUGUGACGUUGGCCGAGACCUUCUCGUCGAAGACAAGCAUUACCGUGAAUAACACGCGCGAACGAUAGCAGUAGUACGUAGCUUACGCGCCUACACCAAAUCAUCGUCAGCCAGCAAGUGAAUGCAAGACGAAGCAGACAACGCAGUCGCACCAUAAUUUAGCAGAAGCAACAGCUCCACCAGGGCUUCGGCUGUAAACAAUUUUUCAAAGAACAACAAUACCGCAGACGAAGCAGGAGCAUUUUCUGAACAACUAGAGUUCUUGUUUGCAUAUCCUACGCAAAAGACCAAGUCCUUCUCAACAAGAUGGCGGACGAUUACGAUCACUUGAUAAAACUCCUUCUCCUCGGAGACUCAGCAGUAGGAAAAUCAUCACUGCUCAUGCGGUUCACGGAAGACAAGUAUAUUUAGGAUUUUUGAGAUUUUGCGACGUUGACACUACUUCAUAAUUUUCAUCUCCUUUAUGUGCCGAUUGUUCAGCUAUUUCGACAUCUUCACCAUUCAUCACUUGCAUCGAUCUUCAGGUUCGAGCAGAAUUUUGUCAUUACCAUUGGUGUGGAUUUUCGUAUGAAAACGGUGACGAGACCGACGGCGAGCGGCGAAGACAAGGUCUUGAGACUACAGGUCUGGGACACUGCAGGUCAGGAGCGAUUCCGUACAAUAACACCAGCAUAUUAUCGCAGUGCGAUGGGUGUCGUCAUGGUGUAUGAUAGUAUGGCGUGGGAGAUCUAUAUGUGAUAUCAUGAAUGUGAUUGCGUAAUCGUAAAAAAGUCUUGCACGUUCACUUGUCGCAUGCUCCCCCUUUCCAUGAUCAACCUUCUAUCAUCUUGUGGCUACGUACUAGAUCUAGUUACUAGGGCAUCGUAGCUAGUACAUCAAGACUCUCAUCAUCUUCACUCCCUUCCAUCCUUCAUGCACCUCACCGACGAGGGGACAUUCAACAACGUGGAAAUGUGGCUUAACAACCUGUCGCAGCAUGCGAAUGGAGACGUGCAAAAAAUCUUGAUCGGAAACAAAGCAGAUUUAGAGUUAUGACCUGUCCUAUUUCAUAUAAGUACCUAAGAACCUCCUACUCAACAUCUGACUGCUCUCUAACCCUAGAAAAGCGAAAGGUUGCAAAAGAGCGCGGCUUUGAACUUGCGGCGAAGCAUGGAAUGCAAUUCUAUGAGACAUCAGCGAAGACGGGAGAUGGCGUAGAUCCAGCGUUCAAUGAUAUAGCGGACAUGGUUGUCGCGACAAGAUACGCACCUCCACCUGCAGCAGGAGGAGCGGGAGGAGGUACUAGACUUGGUUUGAUUUUUAGGUGGGAGUUGAGCCAACGACUGGUAUUUUGUCAAACAAAUAUUUCUAGUUCUAGUGCUGGUCACUUUCCUAACGCAACAAAUGCCAACAGAGUUAAAGUUAUUCAAUCGAUCCUUUUCACAAAUUACAGCAGCGGCAGCAAGUAGCAGCGGCACAGCUAGUACUACAGCGGCAAGCAGUUCGGCCGGAAAAAGUGGCGCUACGCCUGGUGCUAUACAACUCACGCCUGAGCCGGCGGCUGGAAAGGGCAGUGGCGGCAAAGGAAAAAAGAAAUGCGCUUGUUAGCAUUCUGGGAGUGCUCUCCUCGUAGCUGAAAUUGUUAGUUCUUGUCGUGACGAAGAAACUAAAUGAGUCUCAUUCUCAAGCUUCUUUUUUUUCGGAGUAGUGAAACUACAACCUCAAAAAUUCCUUUAAUAGCACUAAUUUUGACAAUGUAUAACAACCAUGAUGCUUUAAGUAAAAUUGUCACACGGAACCGGAAGCAAAUUUUUCAUUUUUUCAUUCUUGAUGUAUGUAUGAUUAGCUGCAUCCACCGUGAUCCAUCCCUUUUGGCCGCAAUCAGAUUUAUCGUCUAGAUUUCGCCUUUUUUCAAAAUACUAGGGUUCAUAAUCACAAACACAACCGCAGAAGGUGCAGCACUAGAAGAUUCGUUUGAUGACAUGAUGAGUCAGAGUCACAGAGGAUCACGACUGAAAUAGAAACAAAGCCCUAAGAUCGAGUGGAAACAACAUAAACAACAUUAACAAAACGAAAGAAAACGACGCGACA